GAGGCCGGGCUCUGGCCUUUUAUGGUUCCAAACAGUCGAAGGCUUUUGGAAGUGGGGAUGUGAGGCUGGACCCCGGCCGUAGGGGUGGGGGAGGGCGACUGGAGGCCCUCCCUCAUCCAAUACCUCCCUCCCCCUUUCCCGACACUUUGUCCCUAAGAGGCCGGCGCUCACCGCGGUACCGAGACCCUCGAAACCCCACCUGUCCUCAGAGAGCUUCUUCCAGGCCCGGGGUGGGGGAGGGGCAGUGUUAGGGUGGUGUAAACAGAAGCGCGGACGCGCUUGGGAGGCCGUGAUGGCAUGGAUGGAAAGCCUGCCUGGUUUCCAGUCUUAGGAGCUUAUUCUAUGGUCCGUGCUGCCGAGACUCCAAAGCAAAACCUAGACGGCCACCGACAGGAGGGCUUGUCCUCAUGGACGCAACCCCUAACCAUAUACAUGGCCAUGGAAGCUAUGACUCUGAUUUUAGUGAUGAUGAGAACUGUGGAGAACCUAAAAAAAGAAAAAGGACAAUUAGUGAAGACUCAUUGCUCAAAAAGCCAUUUCAGAAAGAAAAAUAUGCAAAAGUGGCUCAUAGACGUGUUGCAGCAGAGGAACUGGAUCGUGAAGAAGCAAGAAAUAGGAGGUUUCAUCUAAUAGCUAUGAAUGCUUAUGAAAGACAUAAGAAGUUGGUGAAUGAUUAUAUUUUAUAUUAUGGUGGUAAAAAAGAAGAUUUCAGACGUUCAGGGGAAAAUGACAAGACAGACCUGGAUGUUAUAAGAGAAAAUCAUAGAUUCCUAUGGAAUGAAGAAGAUGAAAUGGACAUGACUUGGGAGAAGAGGCUUGCAAAGAAAUACUAUGAUAAAUUAUUCAAAGAAUACUGCAUAGCAGAUCUCAGUAGAUACAAAGAUAACCAGUUUGGAUUUCGAUGGCGAAUAGAAAAAGAAGUAGUUUCAGGAAAAGGCCAGUUUUUCUGUGGAAAUAAACGAUGUGAUGAAAAAGAAGGAUUAAAGAGUUGGGAAGUGAAUUUUGGUUACAUUGAACAUGGUGAAAAGAAAAAUGCACUUGUGAAAUUAAGACUAUGCCAAGAGUGUUCCUUCCGACUAAAUUUUCAUCACAGGAGAAAAGAAGUCAAACCAAAAAAAAUAAGAGAUAAAACUGAAAAAGAUUGUGAAGAAUCAUCACAUAAAAAAUCCAAGUUAUCUUCUUCAAAAAUGCAGACUUCCAAGAAGGCGGCAAAAGAACAUUCUCCCUCAGAGAAAUCAGAAGGGUCAGAUAAUGAAAACUGUGAUGAGGAAGAAGGUACUUCAGAAGCAGAGUUGUGGAAGGGUCCUCUGCAGGAAACAGAUGAAAAAUCACAGGAAGAAGAGUUUGAUGAAUAUUUUCAAGAUUUAUUUCUGUGAAAUAUCAAGGAUAGAGCCUUUAUUCCUUAAUGUGAAAAAUCUUCCUUGAACCUCUUUUUUUAAUUAGAUUUUUAUGUUUUCUCUACCAAGUCAAAACUUGGGUAGUUUCUCUUUAGAAAUAACCAAUUAUCCAGUUAUAUCUCAUAGUGAUGUACUUUAUACGACAUUAACUCUAUUACAGAGUGCAGUUCUAUAUAACCUGUAGAGCUAAUUGCUUCUGUAGCAGUUUAAAUCACUUGGCCACAAAGUCAGUUUCAUCACUGGUUAAAUUUGGACAGAUUUUCAAGAAGGAUAACAUGUGAUUUGUUUCAUCUUUGCUCACAAGGAAAUACUAUUUGUAGAAAGGAAAAACAAAAGCCUUCCUCCAUUGCUCUCCCCCCAGAUUUCUUCCUCAAGUCCAGCCCAUAUUAGACUAUGGAAGACAAUUCUUGUUUUGUAUCUAUUUCUCUGUGGUACUAUAAAAGCCAUAUGAAGGAAUCCUAUAGUUAGGAGUGGAAGUUUGCUGGAGAGAACCAUAAGAAUCAUACUGGUCUCCUUACCUCUGUCCUUUUCCAUACAUUCCUAAAUGGAAUUUGUUUUGCUAAGGAACAGAGGAGCCAACUGGUUCUUGCAGAGCUUCUACUUAAGAUGAAUGGAGGGAAAAGGGAGGUAGGAGUUGGGAAGUGAUAUUGACAAAAUAGGCCUUCCCUUCUACUGUUAAAUUUACAGAGGAUUAUCCUUAGAAAAUUAAUUUCAGUAUGUGUUUUGUUCUUUCCUGUUAGUAUGUCUUUUGUUUGAAUUACAACUUGGAAGUGAGGCACUUUCUGAAGUGUGUUAUAGGUAAAAUCAUUCUAUAGGGAAUAUCGUUAUAGUGAGGUGUGGCCAAGUGCUUAGAGAGCUGGCCUCUGUUUUCAGCAGAAAAACAUGGGUUUAUGUCUUGCCUCUGACAUAUGCUGGCUCUGUGAUCAAGGCAAGUCAUUUAACCUUUCAGUGCCCCUAGACAAAUCUCUAAUACUCUCGUGUUGCAGAGCAGAUGUCAGUCUGCAUUAGUAGAAGGGUUUCCCUAUACCAAUGAAAUCACAGGUUUAGUCUGUUGCUAUAAUAGAAGAGUCCAUAUUAUGAAACUGUGGGGAUGGCCUAUAGUAAGUGUUUUUACUGUUUGGUUAAUUGCCUACAAAAAUAUCCUAUUACAAAAAUGCUUUCUCUGAUCUCUCUAUCCAUGAAAUAGUCAUUUUCUAUGAAAGUUGUUGAUUUUAUUCUGUUUAUGGGGAAGAAGAAAAGGGGGGUAAGUAGUUACUCCUAGUUCCCCUUUUCCCUCCUACCUAAAUUCCCAGACCAUUUACUUCAAUAAAAUAUAACACAAAAAAAUGUUUUACAGGCUUGGAGGUGGAGUGAAGAAGUUUGAAUGGCUCUCUUCACUUAAUAAUUUACUUCAGAGAAUCAGAAGCUAUAUUUCACCUCUUAAUUCUUAGUAGGAGUAUGAUUUCUAGUAGUGUAAUCAUAAUAAUAUUGGCUCAUUACAUAAUUCUGGCUUAUUUACCAAGUGUUUUUGUCACAAAAUCCCUAUGAAGAAUGUUAUCAACAUAGCAUGGUUCCACUACAGUUACUAAAAUGUUUUAUAUUUUUUUACCAAUUCAGACUGGUUUUUCCUGUUGUAAUUACUACAAAUUAUAAAAGUUUUAUUGAGGCAAAAUUAGGAAGUAAGGUGUCUUCUCCAUUCCCUUCUUGUUUUACUUUUCAUGACCCAUUCCCCCAUAAUUUUGGUAUCUUCUUUCACACACCUACUUCCGUCCAGUCAGGGGGCAUGUCUAGCAGUCUCUUACUUUAGACCUACCUUUCCUUGCCUGGCAUCCUCACUAUGUAUUUCCACACUUAGUACCAAGUGGAAUUUAUUGCAAUGGAAUUUAGCUUACAAAAGUCGUGGGCCACUUGGGGUCCCAUGUACAAAAUUAUUGCUGUUGUUUCAAACACUAGCUAUAAUCUUGCCCUCCAAGAGUUUGUGUGCUUUCAAAAGUGCUUGCCUCUAAGAAAAUAGUUUAUAUACACUGAGACUAUUUAACUGAAUAAGUUGUGUGUGUGUGUGUGUAUAAAAGAGAGUAGGUUGGUAGAUAAGUGAUGGAUGGUAAUAAGAAAAUGGGUUGAAGUGACUAUAGAAUUCUAGUAGUUUCAUUGAAACCCAUAUCAAUACAACUCACUUUUAAAGACUUUUUUUUAUAGAGUUGAUUAGUUAUUAUGAUAUUAAACCAUAAAAUAUGUAAUUAUAUCUGGCUUUUUUAAUGUUCGCUAUACACAUUUAUUUAGUCAUCAGGUGUGAUGUAUCAGGUACUGUGGAGGAGAUUAACAUGAAUUACGCAAUUUGUUCUAUGCCAUUAGAAAGAAGUAAGUUGUCCAUUCCUGGGUUAGUUACUAUAGCACGUUAUCUACAUUGUGUUAAAUGAAUUCUCUACUCAAAUUACUGUUAGCCUAUUGUUUUAGUGAUAAAAAGAGUGAUUUUUGAUAAUGGAAAGGAUUUGAUACAUUUGUAAAUAAUAGGAAUAAGAUAUAUAAAUAGUUGAAUGUACAAUAAAAAUAUUUUAAUAAGA